AUGAAGGAUAUUAUCAUUUUAUAUAAAUUACAGAUUCAAUUAAGUAUCUUGGAAUCUUAUGUCAAAUGUUGUGAAACUUCCAUUAGAAAGGGUUUUCAAACUGUUAAUAUGGUUAGUUACAAUUCAUUUAAAGAAAUAUGGUUAUCAUGGUACAACUGUAGAGUUUGCAUUGGUCAUCCAGAACAAGCAAGUUUAGUUGAGUUUGUAGCUGCAGAUAGAGAUAGCCACAAUAAAAUUGGUUAUAUUAAAUUUAACAAACCAGGCAUAGAUAAUGCUGUUGAAUGGAACUUUGAAGUGUCUCCAUAUUGUGCAAUACCAUUACAAUCUAGACAAAUUGAAGGUGGGAAAUUACAUUGGGUACAUAUGACCAGUGAUAAGUUACCACCAGAUGCAUUGAUAGGUGGAUUUGAUAAUGAACCUACAUAUAUUGCUAGAGCUUAUCAUAAUAAUUCAAUAUGCCCUGGACGAUUUAUACCAUCACAGCGUGUAGCAUUAAUCCCAUGGGGCUUUCAUGAACAUAGGAAACAACAUUUUGAGAUACUAUGUGGUUAUGAUGCUGUAUGGGUUCAGACUUCAGGGAAUGAUAUUCCCCUUAAUGCAUUUGUUGCUGGUUCAUCAGAAGUUGGUGGUGAACCAUUAUAUAUUGGUCGUGCUAUGAUAGAUAGUAAAUUAUUGACUGGUAAAGUUCAUGUACUGUAUAAAACCUGCUACUUGCCUUACGCAGGUAAAGAAAUAGAAGUGAACUCAUAUGAAGUGCUUGUGUCACCAUGUGUCCCUUUACAUGGUUAUAUUUAG